AUGCCUGGAGAGCUAGAACUGGCAACGACGGUGUCACAGACCUCUGCCUCGACUUCACCCAGCCUCCUACCCACACCGACCGCCUCAUGCUUCUCGGAGAACAGAUCAGUAUCAGGUGUAUCAUCAAUAUCCAGCCAGUCAAAUGAGUCAAAUUCCAGAAGGUCCGUGUCAGGUUCAGGGUCCACAGCAAGAAGACGAGGAUAUGUCCGACCACAGGGCGUCAACUUCGCCCCCUCCGCACAGCAACGAGAAAGCGUGAUGAGCUUGGGCAGUAUAGCGCAUCUACAGUACUACUUCGCACGGACUGGUCUGCUCGAUGGGAAAGGCGGACAAUUGGCGAAAAAGAAGAAGAACGGCGAGUAUGACAUACCCAAGAACGACUUCUCGGACUCCCCGAUCGACGAGGAGGCCCAGAUGAUGUGGGAGGCAAUGCAGGAAGACGGCGACGACAUCAUGCUCCCGCCCACUGUCUCGACAUACAGCCACCGACCGCAAGACUUCACUCCAUUACCCGACCAGAAGUCGCUGAAACGCGAAUUGGUCGAAGCGCUGGAAAACGCCCUACAAGCAAUCGAAUCCUGCGAGAAGACAGCCUACGACCCAGACGAGGCCCCAACACAAGGCUUCUACGAAAUUCAAGGCCUGCACAUCCUCGACACGACUACACUAGCCAUAAAAGCAGCACGAGACUACUAUACCCAACAUCCCAACCCGCAACGACUUAACGCCAUUAGAUCACCCUCAGAACUUCGGAAAGAGCUAUACAACGUCCUCGAAGUCCUGCGACAAAGCGCAUCACGGAAAUUCGAAGGGGGCUUCUCCGAAGUCGAGCGGUUACAGGUCCUGGUGUGGGUGAGCGAAGUCGGCGCCAUGAUCGACAAAGAAGCAAAACUGGAAGAGAAGGAAAAGAAGGAGCGGAAAGACUGGGAUUGGAUGGACGACCGCAAGUGGCUUGGCAUCGAUGAGGGCGUGCGAGAUAUGGCGUUUUUGCAGUUCCUCUUCAGGAAAGCCAAGUCAUUACCCAGAUCCGAGUCUCUGGCGUCAGGCUCAGACUUCUUCCGACAGCUCUCCGACGGCCGCGACCUCGCCGCAAUGCACAACAUUGCAGUCAAGGAAUCGAAACGGCAAUUCCACCUCAUCGAGCACUGGCACAACGACAUCGCGAAACCAUACCGUCGAGCCGACAAUCUCCGGUACUGGGUCAAAGCGGCUGAGCUGCGAUGGGAAACGAAACUCAAGUUCGACAUCAUGGGCCUCGCCAACCUGAAAGACGAUGACAGCGUGUGGACCGGCUUCGAGAACGCAGUGCGGUCCUGGGCGCAGAUCGUGCGAGCGGAGCUCUCGAAAGACUGGAGUGGUGAGGAGGAGCGGAAGUUGCACGCCCGAGCGAAGAGUUUGGCAUUGGCGAGUCCGAUAGGCAGCCCUUCGAAGAUGCACGUAGCGAAGAUGAGUCGCGAGAAGGCGCUGAGCGACGCCAACAACCGCGACAAUGGAAGUCCGUUGGGCAGGAGUCCGAACAACAGCUCUGCGGAGCUCAGUGUUGGUCUCGGGCUGGGGGAGCCAGGCGAGGCUAUACCAGAGGUGCCUCCGCUUCCUGCAGAGCACCUUGCGGUAUGA